GACGUGCUCGAGGUGUGCGACGACUACGACCAGGAGCGCAACGAGUACUUCUUCGACCAGCACUGGGAGGUCUUCGGCUUCAUCCUGCUCUACGUGCGCGGCCACGGCAAGCUGCGCUUCGCGCCGCGGAUGUGCGAACUCUCCUUCUACAACGAGAUGAUCUACUGGGGCCUGGAGGGCGCGCACCUCGAGUACUGCUGCCAGCGCCGCCUGGACGACCGCAUGUCCGACACCUACACCUUCUACUCCGCCG